AAUGUGUAAGCUUUGGACCAAUUUCAAGUCAAAUACCAUUAAUAUAUAACUCUUUUUAUCAUAAAAUAAUUCAUCACAAAGUAUCCCGUUCAGUUAGUACAAUCCCGACUUCAGAACCUUCUCUAAAUACAAGUGAGAAAGAAGAUAAGGUUCACCAAGGUGAUAAAUAUAUAAAAGUUCCAUACCGUGGUCUUAUAGAAUUACAUGGUUAUGAUACCAUAAAGUUUUUACAGGGGCUCAUAACUAAUAAUAUGCCAUCGAUAAGUUCUGGUGGUGAUGGAUUUUACACAGCAUCUUUGAAUCCAGUUGGUCGCGUAUUGUUUGACGCAUUUAUCCAUCCAAAAAAUUUGGGAACAUCAUUUCCGCAUCCGACAUUUUUGGUUGAAUGUGAUUCACGUAUUAUACCAGAAAUAAUAAAACAUAUGAAAAAAUAUUUAUUGAGAUCAAAAGUUAAUAUUACCGAUGUUUCUUCAUUAUAUCAAAUUUGGAAUGUGUGGGGUAAUGAAAUUAAUAAUUUGUGGUGGAGACAUCAAGUACCAAAUCCCUCAGCAACAAAAUUACAUACCGGUACUUUAGUAUUAAAAGAAAAUAUUGCAGAAAUUGGGUGUAGAGAUAAAAGAUAUCCUAAUAUGGGACUAAGAUUAGUAUUACCAGUUGAUACUAAACCGACAUUACCAAAUUCAUUCACAGAAUUACCUUCAAAAGAAUACAUCAUUAGAAGAAUUUUACAUGGAGUUCCUGAAGGUAUCCAUGAUUUCCCUCAAGGGGAAGCAUUGCCAUUACAAUCAAAUUUUGACUACAUGGGAGGAAUUGAUUUUCGUAAAGGUUGUUAUAUCGGACAAGAACUUACAUUUAGAACAUAUCAUACUGGAAUCACAAGAAAACGUAUUUUGCCUGUGCAAUUAUAUCAUGAAGGCGAAAGCGUGCCAACCACAUUAGAAGUUGAUCGCAACUCCAAUUUCCUCCUUCCGCCACCAUCUAGUGAUGUUAUUGUAUUAAAUAGAAAAGGUCGUCCAGUAGGUUCUAUUGGUACUUCAUGUCAUAAUAUAGCUUUAGCAUUAUUGAAAUUAGAUAUAAUUCAAAGUAAUGAUUUAGUAGUAGAUAACGGUCAAGGAGAGAAAUUAAGAGUAAAAGCUUUUAUUCCUCAUUGGUGGCCAAAGGUUGAUGAAAAGGAUACAGAAGAAAAACCAAAAGAAACAGCACUUGCUUAAAUAUUAUCAUUGCUAUAUAAUUUAAUGUUAUUACAUUAAAUGGGUAAAUUUGGAUUAAAUUCAUGAUGAUUAACAUGAAUUAUUUCAUUAAAUUAAGAAAAUAUAAUCUCUAAAAAGAAUAAAGCGU